AUGGCGGCGCUGUGGAGGGGCUGCGGGCGGCUGCUGGCGCGGCGGCCCGGGGCGGCGCAGGCGCUCACAGCCGGGGCCCUCAUGGGAGCUGGGGAUGUGAUUGCACAGCAGCUGGUGGAGCAGCGGGGACUGCACGGGCACCACUGCCCCCGCACCCUGAAAAUGAUGGGCAUCGGCUUCUGCUUUGUGGGCCCUGUUGUGGGCAGCUGGUACAGGAUCCUGGAUUGGCUCGUCCCAGGGAAUACAAAAGUUGUGGCUGUGAAGAAAAUGAUCCUGGACCAGGGGGGAUUCGCGCCGUGUUUCCUUGGCUGCUUCCUGGCUGUCACAGGGGCCGUGAACGGGCUGUCGGUGCAGGAUAACUGGUCCAAGAUCCAGCAGGACUACAUGGAUGCCCUGAUGACCAAUUACUGUAUCUGGCCGCCCGUGCAAAUUGCGAACUUCUACUUCGUGCCUCUGCAGCACAGGCUGGCUGUUGUCCAAUGUGUUGCCAUCGUCUGGAACUGCUACCUGUCCUGGAAAGCGAAUCGGAUGUGAGGCAGGAGCCGUGUCCCAUGGCUGUCCCCAGCCUGUGCACUGCCUGACCCUGCAGAGUGGGCACACGUGGCCGUGGACAGGCUGGGACACGCAGGGUCCUGGCAGCAACCAUUCCACUCUUCUCGGGGGAACACCAUCCUCUGUGGCCACAGCCCUCACUGCCCCAGGGAGAAGAUGGUGCCGGGACAGGCUGGAUCUGCUUUAGCCGUGCUGUGCAGCAGCUCUGUCCAGCACGCACUUCAUCUGUGCUCAACCACUCCCAAGCCCUCACCUGCACACAGGGUGCUCCUGCCUGGAGUGUCACUCUGACCUCCCCCAUGGCACAUCCUGAGGGAAAAGAGGAGCAGAAAUGGAGCAGGGAUGGCCCUGGGCUGGCCCUGGGCUGGCUGUGCCAUGGGCACAGAACUGAGGUCACUGCAGGCUGGGGGUGCUCCCCCUGAAAAUGGGGUUUGCUGUGGCUCUGCCGUGGACAGUUGGAGCAUCAAUAAAUGGUGGUCUUCACUUUUGA